AUGGCCGUCCCCAGAAACUCUCUAGGAGCAUUUCUCAGACAAGCAAAAUCCAGCUUAAAGAAAGCCAUCGACCAACAAGAAAAAGUCACUUUGGUGAUUGGGAAUGAAUCUGCAGUCGACCAUAACGCUUUGCAAGGAACCCUCGGCGCCAUCUACGCAGAUCGCGUGGUAGGUGUAAUCGACCACCACACCGACGAGCAANAAGUGCCCAAGGAUACUGGCAGCGAACCCCGUAUUAUAAAAACUAGUGGCAGCUGUACAAGUCUGAUUGUAAACCAUUGCCGUGAAGCUUGGGAAAGCUUGUCGAGUGGGACAUCUUCCACUGGAGCUGCUCAAGCGCAAGGCGAUACGCUUAUGGAAGAUGAAGCCGUGACUUCGCUCUGGGAUGCACAGGUAGCGCAACUGGCAUUGGCUUCUGUGGUCAUCGAUACCAUGAAUCUCGAAGACGAGCACAAGACCACUCAACAUGAUAAAGACGCUGUCAAAUACCUCGAAGCCAAGAUCAACCAAUGCGCAAAGAUCGGAGCUCAAUUCGACAGAAGGGCUUUCUUCGAGGAAAUCAAUAACGCAAAGAAAGAUCUCAACUCCCUCACUGUUGAGGAGAUCUUGAGAAAAGACUACAAGCAAUGGACAGAAAACGGAUUGAACCUGGGCACCAGCGCAGUCGUCCAACCAAUCUCUUUCCUCGAGAACAAAAUCAAUGACGACAAGAACGACAAAUCCUUCCUCCCUCUCCUCCACGCAGCCAAGAAGUUUGCGCAAGAGAGAGAUUUGUGCAUCUUCUCCAUCAUGACAGCCUACGAAGCAGACGAUGGAAACUUCGCUAGAGAAGUCGCUGUGUUAGCGGUAGAUGAGAGGGGCUUCGCUGCAUGCAAGAAGUUCGCAGAGUCGUCUGGUCAAAAGCUUCAAUUGGAUGAGGAAGAUGCUGAUGAGAGCGGUGAACAUUGGUUCCAUAUUUGGAAGCAAGGAAAUCUUUCUGCUAGCAGGAAGCAGGUUGCUCCGCUGCUUAGAGAGGCCAUGUCGAGUUGA